ACCCAUAUUUUAGUCUGUGCGCAAUCUUCCAUCUAGGCAGUUGCAGUUUUCAAACAUACAAAAUGAGCAGAUACAUUGUUUCACUGAUUUUGCUAUUUGGCUUUAGCUUUCUUAUAAUAUACGCCGAUCUAGAUCCGGAGUUACCUUCUCUUGUUGGCGGAGUUCCCGCGGCUGCAAGAGAGUACACCCCGGCAGCUCGCCUUGGGCAUCAUAAUUCUACUCUGAACCAAACCAAGUGGUUCUGUGGUGGCACAAUAAUUAGUGAUCGCGUGAUUUUGACGGCUGCCCACUGCUUUUAUUCAGAUGUAGGAUCCGUAAACAUUGUGCGCUUGGGAGAACUUGUUUUUGAGAGUGACAAGGACGACGCCCAACCGGAGGACAUUAAAGUUCUCGAAACUAAGGCCCAUCCAGAUUUUCAGUACCCAGUUCUCUACAACGAUAUUGGGAUUGUCCGGUUGCGCGGGGAAAUAAGAUACAGCCAAUACAAGUUCCCUGCUUGUCUGCCCUUAAGUAAUGGAGACUUGACAGCUGCCUUCAUCGCAAUCGGAUGGGGUCAAAAGAGAUUCUCCAACUUCGAACAGUCCAAGGAACUGAGGCAGGUUGUUCUCAGAAACUAUGGUGGCGUAUGUGGGAGUACAUCGGAUCCCAACGAAGAUAUUCCGCAAGGAUACAAAGCAGAUUCCCAGUUGUGUGUUGGAUCUCCGGAUCAUAAGGACACUUGUAAUGGGGACUCGGGAGGACCUUUGCUGAUUCCCUUCAUGGAGGAUGGGUGCAAAUUUCAAAUUAUGGGAAUCACUUCAGUAGGCAUUGCAUGCGAUACUCCAAACAUUCCAAGUUUGUACACGAGGGUUCAUUUCUUUCAAGAUUGGAUUAAAAAUGAAUUGUAGGGCGUUGAGUCUUAGACAACAAAUUACAAAUCAACAAGUAUGUUUUA